AUGCGUUUUGACGGCGUCGAAAAUCAAAUGAACGGUCCAGAUUUAGCAGCUCGUCUCCCUCAAGAUCCUCGCUCAUUAUUAUCAUCACCUCCUUGUUUCCCAAUCACCCUCAAGUUCGUCGAUGUCUGUUACCGAGUGAAGAUCCAUGGCAACUCCGGCGACUCCGGGAAGUUCAAGAGAUUGUUGGGACUUGAACACAAACCGUCCGAUGAGGCUCGAUCGACGGAGGAGAGGACAAUACUUAGCGGAGUCACCGGAAUGGUGUCACCCGGCGAGUUUAUGGCCGUUCUCGGACCAUCGGGAAGCGGUAAAUCGACGCUGCUUAACGCUGUUGCAGGGAGGCUCCAUGGAGCAGGCCUCACCGGAAAAAUACUCGCCAACGACGCGAAACCGACGAAACAGACGCUGAAACGCACCGGAUUCGUGGCGCAGGACGAUCUCCUCUACCCACACUUAACCGUCCGCGAAACCCUAGUUUUCGUCGCCUUGCUCCGUCUCCCUCGGAGUCUAACGAGAGACGACAAAAUCAAAGCCGCCGAGUCGGUGAUCUCGGAGCUGGGCCUCUCGAAAUGCGAGAACACGGUCGUCGGAAACACGUUCAUCAGAGGGAUCUCAGGCGGUGAGAGGAAACGUGUGAGCAUCGCUCACGAGUUGCUCAUCAACCCGAGCCUUCUCGUCCUCGACGAGCCGACGUCGGGACUUGACGCUACGGCGGCUCUCAGGCUGGUACAGAGCCUCGCCGGGAUGGCUCAUGUGAAAGGGAAGACGGUGGUGACGUCGAUUCACCAGCCGUCGAGCCGUGUGUUCCAGAUGUUCGAUACUGUGCUUCUUCUGAGCGAAGGAAAGUGUUUGUUCUUCGGAAAAGGAAGAGACGCCAUGGCUUACUUCGAGUCCGUCGGAUUCUCGCCGGCGUUUCCGAUGAAUCCGGCUGAUUUUCUUCUCGAUCUUGCUAACGCUCGACCCCAAGAAAAGAGAGUAAUAAAUGCCAUAUUUAUGAUCGUUAUCGCAGACCUUUUGAGCUCCACGCGUCAUCUUAAGCGCGUGGGUAACCGCCUAAAGGAACCCAAUCACACUCACGCAUCUAGCGCGUGGUUUUCACUGUCCAUCACUCAAUCCUCAUCGAAGCAAUAA